AUGACGAGAAAUAACAACAACAACAACAACAACACUCCAAUCAUUCUGAAUGACUUGAGGAUUGAAGCCAAUAGAACUUUGGCUGAAAAUAAGAAUGCUCUAUUACCGUCCGUUCAGACAAGGAAUAUUGAUCCGUUCCUCCGAACAAAAACAGAACCAUUCAUAAAGUCCUCUUCGGAAUUGAAUAUUAGUGGUAGAAGUGGAAAUGUGUUUGAACAAUUGAUUGCCAUGCCUGUCUUACAUUUGAUUUAUCAAUUUGUUGGAAGGAUUAAAUCAUUUGAUCAGUUGAGAAAUAUUAAAUUGGGAUUGGGAGCUUUGCUGAUUUAUUAUGCGGGAUUUCUGGCGUUCUUGUUGCAUAGAAAUAACGAUAGAAAACUCUUAUCAAUUUAUGAAAGAUAUUGGAACCGAAACAAAGCAAUAAUUUAUAGUAAUAAUUUGGAAAGUAGUGAGAAGAUGGCCGUUCCAGCUAAAUUGUCAACACAGACAGCGAGCAGUAGCACCAACUUUCUUUCACAAUUUCAAAACAUGUUACAGCCCAUCAUGUCAAAACUUGGUUUACAAUGA